UCCCUUUGAUCCAAAUGAUAGAUGCUAUGAGUGUGGCGAAAAGGGACAUUAUGCUUAUGAUUGUCAUCGUUACAGCCGGCGAAGAAGAAGCAGGUUUCUUCGUUUGAGUCAGUCGCCUUGAUUCAGAAUGUCACGAGCCUUAUGAUAUCAUGCUGAGGCGCCUUGCAAAUCCGACAAUUAAGAUCCUCCUAGACCUUGAGGUGAUCAGCAUAAGAGGCCAGAUCCCCUCGAGUCAUCUACACCUAGCUUCACCUUAUUCUUUAAAGGGCAGAAAAUUUGAGACGGUGAUCGCCGUAACAGUAAAUUUGGCUUACAAUUGGGGGCCCCCCUCCGGUUUAGAAAGAGGAACACCAGAUUGACCACAUUCCCAACUAGAAAAAUCUUCUUGCGUCAAUCAAGCCUCACCUGGCUCAUUUGGCUGUCAGUUUGAUCGUCGUUAGAUUGAAGAAAACAUCUAGAUGCAGCGAUCGGCUAUAGAUACUUCUAGAUCGUCUAGAUCUACUAGACCAUGGGCCAAAGAGGGUCGACCUGCAAACUUGCAAGGUUUAUUUUAAAUACACAUUAUAGUGUUUUAUAUUAUGUAAUUCUAAGUUGUAAUUCAGCUUUUAACAAAUCUUUUUUUAGGUAGUAAAAAAAAAAAAAAAAAAAAAAAACUCGACAACUAAUAGGCCCAGAGUUUAUUUCCAAAUGAGACACUAAAUUUAAAUAGUUUUGAGAUUUGAUUUCAGCAGAGGCACACAAACUCUUUAAAAUGAGUUGUUGUCUGACAUUUUGUUUUUUCUCUAACUUAAAAAAUAGGUCACGGUCUAGAUCACAUUCUCGAUCCAGAGGAAGGCGAUACUCUCGCUCACGCAGCAGGAGCAGGGGACGGAGGUCAAGGUCAGCAUCUCCUCGACGAUCAAGAUCUAUCUCUCUUCGUAGAUCAAGAUCAGCUUCCCUCAGAAGAUCUAGGUCUGGUUCUAUAAAAGGAUCGAGGUAUUUCCAAUCCCCAUCGAGGUCAAGAUCAAGAUCCAGGUCUAUUUCACGACCAAGAAGCAGCCGAUCAAAGUCCAGAUCUCCAUCUCCAAAAAGAAGUCGUUCCCCAUCAGGAAGUCCUCGCAGAAGUGCAAGUCCUGAAAGAAUGGACUGAAGCUCUCAAGUUCACCCUUUAGGGAAAAGUUAUUUUGUUUACAUUAUUAUAAGGGAUUUGUGAUGUCUGUAAAGUGUAACCUAGGAAAGAUAAUUCAAACAUCUAAUCAAAAUGGAUCUGGAUUACUACUACUAUGUAAAUUCAAAACAGUAAGAUAAUAUAAAUUUUUGUUGAAUGUAUUAACAUCCUAUGGUCUGAAAAUAUGGGUUUUUAUUUGGCACAUUUAAAUAAAAUGUUUCUAACUAGAUUUUUGAUUUGUGUUCAAUAUUAACACUUUUCAAUUUGGUAAAUUCCAGUCAGACGUCAUAAUUGUUAACCAUAUUCAUACAGACCUACAUUCAGAAUUGAAAGAUGUUGGUUAAGUCUUGAACAUCACUAAUUGUUCUAUACAUAAAACUUGGCCAGGAUCUUAAGGGACUUUGAAAAUUCCAUUUUACCCUUGUAGCUUUGGGUAAGAUGACCUUGAGUCCCCUAUAAUACAGCAUGAAUACAUCAUGACAGAUCCCUAAGUUAAACUAUUUGAAGUUUGCGUUAGUAGGUAUUGUCAAACUACUAAUGAUCAGUGGUCAAGCUAGUGGGACCCCUGAUUUGUCUAUAAAUGAGCAUGACAGGAACUAAGCAGAACUGAUUAACUGUAUGAGAAAUAGGGAGAGACUGUUUUCUGGUUGACCUUUAUACUAAUUGCAGCUUUCAGGCUACUACUAGGUGGCGUGUCAAUUAGAACUUUCCAAGAUGUGGGGAGUUCUCGAUGGUCUUCUGUUUCUUUGCUUUCUACGUUAGUUAACCAGUUUUAAACCAAAAAAUGCAUGUUUGAGGAAUUGUCUGAAUUUGGGACAAAACACCUUCAUGUAAACCAGCUUUGCAAAAUUUUCCAGUCCAUAUACUCUUCCUCUAUUCAAAUGGAUUGUCUUAUUCUGAGCAAUGACCUGUUAAUCUUCAAGCUAGGUUUUGCAGUUACCAACCACCAACAUUCUUCUAUUUUGCCAGGCUGGUGCAAAGUAAUUAAAGAUGUCAAUCGGAAAUGUUAAUAAGACUAAAGUGGUUUUGUAAAUCUCACCUAUAUUUAGCAACACUCCAUGUAGCUAAUUUUUUUUGGUAGCAUCUGGUAAACCUUGGAAUGUUAUAGCCAGUAGGUUCUUUAUUCAAAUUUUAAAUAUUCUAAGAACAGUAGGGCAGUAACAGUUAAUUAUGAGAGUUUUCUGGUCAAGCUUUUACCAGGCAUUCUCUAGCCUUGGUACAAAAAAAAAAACCUGCUGGUGGCACAGAUAACUAGCCUUGUCCAUUUUAUGCUUUUCAGUAAAGUCAUUGGAUACCAUUGCAACUUGGGAAUACUGGUCUGCAUCAAGUUUAUUUGGUAGUUUGAGUGAUUGCUAGUAUUUUGGAAGUUAUUUGGAUUGAUUUUUGGAAUUUUGACAACUGGCUGAAUUAUGGUUGGUGUAAAGUUAUAUGUAUAAUUGGCAGGCUUAUUUAUCUGUUGCACUUGGUUAGCUUUAAUUGUUCUGUAUUACAUAAAGAUAAGUUUACUCAACAAUAAAUCUGCAGAGAUUGAACAAAUAA